AUGCCCUGCUUCAAGGGCAUUGCGGUGAGCAUCCACGCAAAUGGUGCCCCGCUGCCUGAAUAUGGCAUGCAGAAGCAGUCGAGAGUCUCCCGCAUCAGCACCUACAUCCCAGUGCCUCAGCCGAAGCUGACGGCGGAUUCGAACAAGCCCGAGCCCGCCAAGUUCGCCAUCUCCAUCACGCUGCUGACUCCCGGCCUCGCGAUUCCGUACUCGGCUCCCAAGUCUUGUGACAGCAACCCGUUUCCCAAGCCUCAGUAUGUGAACAGCCUCCAGCCCGGCUCGGGCCCUGAGCGGGGCAAGUAUAGUGGCAUGGUGAGCCCGUACAUUCCCAUGACGCACUCGGAGAACGAGACGAUUGCAGCCUACAUCUACUUUGAUGGCCGAGCCAAGGAGGAAGUUGCCACCCUGCUGCGGCCAGGUGAGGAGACGUGGGUGAACAGCCGAUGGGUCCAGGUACCUGAUGCCGAAGGUGGUGGAUUGGCCGAACGCGAGUUCUUGUUCCGCGAAGUUGGCCUGGAGCGUUGGCUCAACGGCCUGGACUUGCAAGGCCACGAUGCCGCAGAGAAGCUGGAGAGGCGCCGCCAAAAGUUCGAGAAACGAAGACGACGACAGACGCUGGUGCAGGAAGCAAGCGCCGGCGCGAAUACCUCUGGUGCCCAGAAGGAUACCCUGCGGUACGGUGCCGACGAUGGCUCGCCAAUCGAGCCAGUCUUCGAUUCCGACUCAUGGUCUGACGAUGACGACGAGCCUCCUGAGGCUACGGGCCAGAUCAAGGUGGCCAUGUUUCGAGUCCUGGCCUCCGGUGAAAUAAAAAAGGGCGAAUAUUCUCCUCAGUUUGAUGCUCACGACGGCGACGACGAAGCCGGUAAUAACGACAAUGUCGCUGCUGACGUUGAACACACCACGAGUUUUGCCAAGCCGAAAUCCCUCGACCCCAAAACGAUUAGUACGCAGACGGUGACGGGGAUAGAUGGCCCUGAUAGGCCUUAUGCCGUCUUUACUUUCUUUUACAGAGGCGAGCGGCAAUUGCAAAAAAUCGGCGUCAUGCAAUCUUCCAAGAACCCCUCGGCCACACCUGGUUCCGCGAAAAGACGGUCUGGUCAAUUAGACCUUUCCGGUUUGGGCCCUCUCAAGGCUGGCGGCACGGUUGGGUUCUCUGCAUUUCGGGAUCAGACGACCGAAACCUCUCGGCGAAGAAAGGCGAGAAAGAAGAGUAACGGAAACAUCGCUGUGGAUAGUGACGAAGAGGACGAGGACGAAAGUGAUAAUCUCAACAAGAUGGAAGAUGACUACAAAGACGGCGAGGACAAGGAGGCCUCCGAGGACUCCAAGUUUGGAGGCGAACUUGCGGACGGUGUCAAUCGUAUUCGCCUCAAGCGGGCGCAUUCGGCUGAUCCAGACAGCCAUUCAACCCCGGAGACGUCUCAACGAGGACAGGCUGAAGACAGUCCCGUGCCGCAGGUACCGCCUAGCCUUCAACCGCCUAGUGCCGUCCAAGCUGUCAGCGACCUACCUGCGGAUGCUCUCGUCGGAAGCCCUUUGAAGAAGGCUCGGCCCAGUGUGGACGUCACAAAUACGGGGGAGAAACUUGGGUCGACCCAAAGUUUAAGCGAGGCCUUGGAUGCCGUUGUUUCUACAACAGCUGCGCCAGCCGAGACGGCUACAACAUCGACGGCAUCGCCGUCCAAGGUGGACGAAGAGGAAGAGCUGUGA